GACAACGUUCCAGAAUUACAGGAAGGAUUUAUAAUCAAUAUUACUGAUGUGCAACUGGUCUAUUCUGCCACUGGAGGUCAGCCAAGCGUGAAGAGGCUUGGGUUAGAAAUAGCAGAAAUAACAAUUGAAGAAAAUGAUGAUGCCAGAGGAGUAUUUAGUUUCAAUGUUACAAAGGAUAUAACUGGAGCUGUUGCUGGUUAUGAGGUACCGCCACCACAGAAUAUACUGAAACUUCCAGUUGUUCGACAGGCUGGGAGGUUUGGGUCAGCAAUUCUGUAUUGGGAAGCCAUUCAUUUAACUGCUAGCUUCGAAGACUUCACACCAUCGUCUGGAAACCUUACAUUUGCAGAUGGGCAGGCUACAGGAGAAAUAGAAAUUACAAUCAUAGAUGACAGUGAAGUUGAAUUCCUUGAGAUAUUCAAGAUUGCCCUAGUGAGGGUGACGGGUGGUGCAAGACUUGGGGAUGACACCCUGGUAACUGUCACUAUUCCACCAAAUGAUUCCCCUGUUGGAGUAUUUGGGUUUGAAGAAAAGAAUGUAACAGUGAAGGAACCUCAGACACCUGAUGACUCUGCUGCAGUUGUAUUGCUCACUGUAAGUCGAAGUCAAGGAGGACGAGGAGCAGUAAAAGUGUUAUGGAUUCUUGAGGAAGAAGCCAGAUAUGAUCUGAUGCCUCUGAAUGGUACCCUUCACUUCAGUGAGACUGAAUCCCAGAAGCUGAUUGUUUUACAUGUGGUACAAGAUGGUCUACUGGAGGGGAAUGAAACAUUUACCAUUCAGCUAGUCUCUACUGGUGAUGCAGAGAUAUCCCCUGUAAAUGGUGUUGCGACCAUCAUUAUUGUGGGUGAUGAAGGAGCUUCUGGGGUGGUUGGGGUAGCCCAUUCAUCCAAGCAUGUUCUGAUUGGAGAACCUUCAGGAAAUUAUAAUGGAACUGCUCUUAUUAGCCUGAUACGUGGCCCAGGGAUUUUUGGUGAGAUCAUAAUAUAUUGGAAUAUAACACCUCCUCAUCACACAGAAUUUAUUGAGACAUCGGGGACCUUGACAAUGCGAGAUAGGCAGUCUGCAGCAGUUGUUCUAAUACAGGCUGUAGAUGACAACUGUCCUGAGGAGAAGCAUUACUACCAGUUUCAACUAACUGGAAUCAGUGAUGGAGGACUCAUAAAUGAAUCUAGCAGCACAGCAAAUAUUACCAUGGCCGCCAGUGAUUUUCCGUAUGGAGAGUUUACAUUUUCACGGGAACUAUUGCAAACAACAGAAGAAGAAAAAUGGGUUAACAUCAGUAUUGUGCGUUCCAGGGGAUCCUAUGGCAAAGUGCGUCUUUGCUUUCAGAUAAUAAAUGGAACUGCAGAAGAGGGAAUUGAUUUCACUCCCACAGUAAGGGAAUUGUUGUUUGAACCACAUGAGGAGAGUAAAAUGAUUUUGGUUGAAAUUCAUGAUGACGACUUUCCUGAAGGUCCUGAAGACUUUUCAGUGAUGAUUGCCAAAGUGGAACUCCAAGGAAGUGGAUUUGAUUUUACCGUGAAAGAAAAUGGUCUACAGACGGAUCAACCUCCAAUAAUAGGAAAUAUCUCCACAGUACGAGUCACUAUAGCAAAAAGUGACAAUGCAGAAGGCGUCAUAGAAUUUGACCCACAGUAUAUCCUUCUACAGGUGGAAGAGGAUGCUGGAUUAAUUAUGAUUCCUGUUGUGAGAAAGCAUGGAACUUACGGCUAUGUAACUGCUGAUUUUCUUUCUCGAAGUAUUUCUGCACUUCCUAUGGAUGACUAUGUCAUCCAUAAUAAUUCUGUCAUUUUUUAUCCUGGCCAGAACCAGACAUUUAUUUAUAUCUCUAUUAUAGAUGAUGAAGAAAGUGAAUUUGCAGAGCAAUUUGAAAUCCAGCUGACAGGAGCCACUGGUGGAGCAGUCCUUGGGCUCCACCUAGUGAGCCAGGUCACUAUUGCUAAAAGUGACUCUCCCCAGGGCAUCGUCCGAUUUCUCAACCAAAGUCGAAUUCUUCUUCCCAAUCCUGAUACACCGACGGCAGUGUCCCUGGUGCUGGAAAGGACUGGAAGAUUGUUAGGGGACACACAGAUUAACUGGGACAUCUUGGGACCCAAUUCAGAAGAGAUUUUAUCUCCCCUGAAUAGUGACAUUGGUGACCCUGUGAAUGGAUCAUUCUAUUUUGAAGAAGGAGAAGGAGGUCUGAGAGCUAUUAAUCUGCAAAUCUAUCCUCAUGAAGAAGUUGAAGUUCAGGAGAUCUUCAUUAUUAGGCUGAGCCUUAUGAAAGGUGAAACAGAAAUAGAUCCUAAGGCAAACAAUAUUACACUAAUAAUACAGAAGUUUGGUGAUCCCAAUGGAAUUGUACAGUUUGCUCCUGAAUCAUUAACUGAGAAUAACUAUACAGAACCCUCAGCAGUAGAAGGGCCACAACGUAUUACACUGUUUGUCAGACGAAUUCAAGGCACUCUGGGAAACAUAACGAUUUACUGGGAAAUACGUAGUGAAUCUGACAUCACAGGUGACUUUCUUAGGACAGAGGGAUCUGUUGUCAUUGCUGACCAGGAGAGUACAGCUGAGAUAAUUAUCUACCUGUUACCUGAUGAUGUUCCAGAACUGGAUGAAAACUAUGUGGUACAGCUGAUUUCAGCAGAAGGUGGAGCAGAUUUAGACCAAGAGAAAAGAAUUGCGAAGAUCAAUGUUUUUGCAAAUGAUGAUCCCUAUGGAGUGUUUGCCCUGUACUCUGAUCUGCAGUCCGUAUUAGUAGAGAGAAACCUGGACCGGUAUGUUCAGAUUAAUGUAACUCGGCAUGCUGGGACAUUUGGAGAAGUGAUCGUUGAGUACCAUAUCUUGUCUCAUCAUGAAGAAGCACUAAUUGCACCUGAGAAUGAGGUGGGAUACCUCACAGUAAAAGAUGGUGCCAGCUUUGGAGUGAAAAAAGUGCCAAUAAGCAGCCAGGCAUUUAUGUUACUGGGCUUGAAUUUUACUCUGGAACUGAUUAAUGUAAGCCUCGUUAGGGGAAGUGCCAAGGAUGUGCCUGAAAUAUUAGGAAAAGCAAAGUCAGCUGUUCUGCUUAUUCCUGAGGAAGCUGCCAAUUCACAGGUUGGCUUUGAAUCUGUGAUUUUACGACUUACAGACAUUGCAGCUGGGACAGGCCAGGCUGUCAUAACCAGAAAAGGAGUUUAUGGCUCUGUCAUAGUUAGCUGGAUUUCAGGAUACCCACCAGACCUGAUCACUGACUUUACUCAGCCAGGCACCGUUACUCCUCCGUUUGGUACUGUUGUAUUUUCCUCUGGUGAGCAAAGUAAAGUAAUUUCAUUUCAGGCUACUCCAAGCCUAAAUAAACGUGAGUCAUUUGCCAUCACUUUAACAGCAGUGCACAGCAACGUGUCUGGUGGGGCUCGCCUGAGGUCUGGAUUUAUGAUAGCUGAAAUUGAGCCAAUGGGGAUUUUUCAGUUUGCUCUUAACUCAAGAUCUGUUUCAGUUGAAGAAGGUGUUCAGGCAAUCACACUACAUGUCCAAAGAUUGUUUGGUUUUCAAAGUAAUCUCACUAAAUUGACAUAUCAGACCAUUCCGGGAAGUGCCAAACCACUAGAGGACUUUAUACCCAUCGACAAUGGAGAGCUUAUGUUUUUACGUUUUCAGACAAAUGCUGUGAUAGAGAUAUCAAUAAUUGAUGACACUGUGUCUGAAAUGGAGGAAUUUUUUUUUGUAAAUUUGACUGCUGUAGAAAUUUUGGAUGUUCAACCUGUGAAUCCUGACUGGAGUCCACGUUUGAAUCCAGCUUUCAGUGUUGCCACAGUUAAUAUCCUGGCUAAUGAUAUUCUUCACGGAAUACUAAGUUUGGGCCCAGAGUUUGUUUAUGUAGAAGAAGAUGCAAACAACAGUACCCCAAACACAGUGAUACUUCAUGUCAGAAGGACCAAGGGUUUUACUGGUGAUAUUGAAGUAACUGUUAAAACCUUUGGGGGAGUGAGUGCGCAGAGUGGAGUAGAUUCAUAUCCUUUUGGAAACGUUUAUGGAAAAUCAAACUUCACAUGGGCAAUGGAAGGAGAAGAUUUUGAAGAACAGUCAGUCUCUCUGACUUUGCUGGACGGAGAAAGAGAAAGCAAGAUGUCCAUAAAGAUUUUUGAUGAUAAUGAGCCUGAAGGACAGGAAUUGUUUUAUGUUUUCCUCUCAGAUCCUGAAUGUGGAGCUCAGAUUGUGGAAGGAAAAGAUGAAUAUGGAUUUGCUGCUUUUGCAACAGUAAUUAUUGCAGGAAGCGACCUUCAGAAUGGCAUUUUGGGAUUCAUUCCAGAAGUACAAAGCGGUCUUGUACUUGAUGAAGACUCAGAAAACAGAGAGGUGCUGCUGAUUGUCGCGAGGCAACCAAACAGGGCUUUUGAAGAUGUGAAGAUCUUUUGGCGUGUGACCUUUAAUAAAACAGCUGUUGUCCUUGUGAAGGAUGGCAUGAACUUGGAGAACGAACUUGUAUCUGUGCUGGGAGCCACUACCUGCAUGGCAGGUCAAACAAUAUGCAACAUCUCCAUUGAAAUAAAACCUGAUAACGUACCUGAAUUUGAAACUUUUUUUUUUGUUGAGCUGUAUGCUGUAAGCACAGGAGCUGCAUUGAACAGCAGUGCCAGAUUUGCUUUUGUAACAGUCCUUGAAAGUGAUGCUCCUCGUGGCUUAGUAUAUUUUGCUGUGGGAUCUCGUUUUGCUGUGGCUCAUAAGAAGACAACUUUAAUCAGUCUGCAAGUGCUUAGAGAUUCUAGUACAUUAGUAACCACAAUGGUUAGCUACAGCAUGCAGGAGCUACAAAAACCUGAACCUAUUGGUCGGACCUUCGUAUCUCCAGCUGUGGCAGGACAAGAUUUUGCCAGAUCUGAAGGUUUAUUGACUUUUGAACCUGGACAGAGAAAUAUGUUUCUGGAUGUGACCCUGACUCCAAAGACAGGAUCGUUAAACCCGUUUCCUAAACGUUUCCAGGUUGUACUUUCUAACCCCACAGGUGGUGCCAGAGUAGAUGACGUGUAUGGUAUUGCUAACGUCACCAUUGUCUCAGGUUUAGACUCCUUGCCAGUUUGGGGGCUGAUUGACCAACUGCAUCAGCCUCUUGAUGACACCAUUUUACACAGAGUCCUCCAGAAUCUGAAUGUCAAAGUGGCCUCAGAAACUACAGAAGAGCAGCUUACUGCUGUGAUGCAUAUAAUAGACAAGGUUACAGAUGUAGGUGAAAAACAGUUACUCACUGAUAGAAGUAGAAGUCUUUUCUAUGAGAUACUCUGUGCUCUGGCUAGCCCGAAACGCGAGGACACACGGGGAUAUAGCCUGCUUGCUGAGGUGACUGAGAAGUUUGCCUUUUCCCUGUUGACUGGGGUAAUGUGUGGAUCACCAGGAGAAAGAGGUAAAAAUAUCCUUGACAGUUGCCCGUACAUUGCAAUAAUGGCUCACAACUGGUUUCCUCAGCAAAUCAAUGGACACAGAUUUGAUGGAAAAGAUGGGGAUUCUAUUCAAGUACCUGAACAUUUACUAGAGGUCUCUGUUGUAUUAUCGCCUCCUCAAGAAAUGAACUGUGAAUCUGUACAGUUCACAGAAUAUAGCAGUCAGCAGUGGUUCCUUACUGGAGAUAAAGAACUUGCCCUGAAAAACAAGGUUUUUUCUAUGAGUUUGAAGGGUCGGAGUUCACACCCUUUGAAAGAAAACAAUGAAGUCAUUUAUCGGAUUUAUACAACAGGAAGUCGGAUUGUUCCACAAAAAUCGCUAUGUCUCCUCUGGAAUCAAGCUGCUGAAAGCUGGCUGUCAGAUAGCGGAUUCUGCAGAGUGGUUGAUGACACGUCAGACUAUGUGGAAUGCUCUUGUUCUCAUAUGUCCAUUUAUGCAGUUUAUGCCCAAACAGAUAACUUGUCUUCAUACAAUGAGGCUUUUUUCUCUUCUGGAUUCAUCUGCAUUUCAGGUUUCACUUUGGCUAUUAUCUCCCACCUUUUCUGCACCAGGUGUGCAAUGUUUGCAGCUAAACUUCUCACUCACAUGAUGGUUGCUUGUUUGGGUACUCAGAAUUACCACACACCCGUGAGAAAUAUUCAUCGUUUUGGGCCUGCUAAACCUAUCAGGUUAAUCAGAGGAGCUGCCGAGAGCCGGCACGGUGCUGCUGUGGCUGGGAGCAAAACCCCGGGAGAGGAGAUGCUGGGGCUGGGGACACACUUGCUGGGAGAGGCAUCUCAUCCCCGUCCGGCAGAACGUCCCCGCUCGGGACCCCCGCUGAACCCACCGGAGACCAUCUUGUGUGACCACACGCUCGUUGGUGUCGCGAUCGGUGGGAGAGGGUCCAUACCGUCUCGGGCAGCAGCAUGGACCUCUGUGGUUUUUGAAUGCUGCUUUGAG